AUGAGUGAUCAUGCUCCUGCUUGCAAAUACUUUGCUUUUAGUGGACAGAUGAUUCAGUUCGGCUCUCGAAGCUCCACUCAGAGCAAAGAGUUUGAUAGUACUGUCUCUAAUAUUGGAGACCCAUUAAGCAAGAAAGCGCGAAUCUAUGAAAAUAACGCUGGUCCAAGUCCUCAAAUCCCUGUGGGAACAAACAAUGCCAUGAUGACGGGUGGUGGUAGCUUCAAGACCCAACUAUGCAUGAAAUUCAGAAAGGGGGGUUGCACUCAUGGAAGCAAAUGUCUUUUUGCCCAUGGUGUUCGUGACUUGAGAAAGGCCCUGCCUAACUUGCAAAAGGUUGCAGUCAAUGAGCAUCUAUGUUGGAUGUUCUACUCUGGGAAAGAAUGCACAUAUGGGAAUAACUGUCGUUUCAUUCAUGCGAGUCCUGAGAAUUUUAAGAAACAUUUGGACCAGUAUAGGGAGAGUUCAGCUAUAAGCAUUGGAGGGUUUAGGAAAAGAAGGCUUUGUAACAAUUGGGAGAUGACCGGAGGCUGCCCAUAUGGCAAGGUGUGUCACUUCGCUCAUGGACAAGAAGAAUUAGAGAAAUCUGAAGGCCACACUGCAUUGGCAUCUGGGAUUGUUCCAACCAAAGCUUUAAAAUCUCUUCUUAUGGGCAAGGAUGGCAUUGGUACUAAUCACAAGCAUGAAGCGCAGGCAAUGCAUUGCAUGUUCAAGUGGAAAGCACUCAAGAAAGUAAGAGGUAUAUAUGCUGACUGGAUAGAAGAUAUGCGCCUUCUGCAUAGCUCAUUGAACGAAUUAGAGAACUGA